AUGGCCACCGUAUCACUGCCUUCACGGACCAGCUACCACGCCAUACCACACCGCGCCACUACUUCCUUGCUCUUAUCUGUUCUCUCCGACACCGGCAACCCAGGGAGGGGUUCGUCUCCACCAGUUCAAACACACGGUCCGCCGCUUCUUCAUCGAGCUCUCCGCUUUUCACCACCGAGACCGCUCUCCGUUUUCCGAUUGUGUAAUGGGUUUUGGAUUUUGGGGAAGAUUAAUCCAUGGAUCCGAGGUGCGGUUAAGAAAAUUCUUAACAACUUGGGACAAGUAGAGAAAGAGUUCAGGGUAGAAGUGGAAGCUAUUGGCCAUGUGAGACAUCAAAAUAUUGUGCGCUUACUUGGUUAUUGUAUAAAAGGAGUUCACAGGUUACUGGUGUAUGAAUAUGUGAACAAUGGUAACUUAGAACAAUGGCUACAUGGGGCUAUGAGCCAAAAAGGGAUACUUACCUGGGAAGCGCGGAUGAAAGUUAUAAAUGGCAUAGCCAAAGCGUAA